AUGAAUAUCAAUGCCCCCUUGCCAGUUACGGUCCACCCCUACCGCCCCGACUACGCAGCAUACGAAACAGGCUCUGUCAGGCGCAAGAAUGCCAUUAUCUUCAUCGGAGGUCUAGGAGACGGGCCACAUUCCGUGCAGUAUCUCCGAACAGUUGCAAGGCAUCUCGAAGAAGCAGAAAAUCUGAGUUACUCCCUCUUUGAGUUUCGCAUACGAAGUUCCUUUUCGGGGUUUGGCACUGGGUCUAUCGCUGAUGAUGUUGCCGACAUCUCCACGUUUGUCAAGUAUUUGAGAUCUAUUAGCAAGGAUAAAGUCGUUCUGUUUGGCCACUCAACUGGAUGUCAGGAUUGUGCAGAAUACACAAACUACGCCAAGCAUGGCAGCAGCCCAGUUGGCGGCUUCAUUCUGCACGCACCAAUCUCUGACCGCGAAGCAUUUAAGCUUGAGUUCCCAGAUACAGACAAGAGCGUGCAAGUUGCUGAGCGGAUGAUUGCAGAGGGUAAAGCAGACCACAUUGCCCCCAAAGAAAUUAUCCCACCAUCGCUGGGACCCGCCGUCUCAGCUUACAGGUUAAGAUCAUUACUGGCCAAAGGUGGUGAUGAGGAUUAUUUCUCCUCUGACCUUGACAAUGCCAUGAUCAAGAAAAUUUGGAGCCGCUUCGACAAGCCUGUUCUGGUGCUGCAUUCUGAAAAGGACGAGAAUGUACCAGGAAAUGUAGAUCAGAGAAAAUUGAAUAAGCUAUAUCAGGAGGCGGGAGCUCAAGUUAGCUCGUUGUCGGAUCUGAUACCGAAUACUGGCCACACUGUUCGACGAGACUCAGCUCGUGAAUGGUUAGGUGAGAGGGUUGUCAAAUUCUUGGAGACAUUAGCUGAGAAACGGAGAGAAGAAACCUAG